AAAUACAUCCCAGUUAAAACCCCUAAAUACAAUAAGAAGAAGAAGCAUCUCAUCCUCCUCUUCUAUCGCACUUCUCUCUUUCUCAUCCAACUGUCUCUUUCUGUGUAGCUAUUAGAGAUGGCUUCCUCCUCCGCUCCUAUCGUGUUUCUUGCAAUCGUUGUCUUCAUUGUCCAACCCAUAACUGCAUGGAACGAUGCUUUAUCUCCACUGUUUUCUCCCGUUUCGGAGGAGAUAUGCAAAGAAGUGAAUUGCGGGAAGGGGACUUGCAAGCCCUGGAGUAACGCUAUCGGAUACACCUGUGAAUGCGAUGCAGGUUGGAAACGAACCCGUUUCGACAACGAGACUGAAGAUUAUUUCAAAUAUCUACCCUGCGUGAUUCCCAAAUGCACGUUGGACUACUCCUGCUCAUCAGCACCUCCUCCUCUUCCAGACAAAGAAGUUCCACAUAACUCAUCCUUUUGGGACCCGUGCUAUUGGGCUUACUGUGGAGAAGGUACAUGCGUAGAGAAGUCCAACCACGUUCAUGUAUGUGACUGCAAGGAGGGUUUUUAUAACCUUCUCAACGUCUCCGUCUACCCUUGCUUCAGCGAAUGCACGUUGGGAGCGGAUUGUGAAAGUCUGGGAAUCUCGGUAUCCAAUAAAUCAGCCAGCCAAACCCCGGGUACAUCUGUUAACUUGUCCGACAAUGGAGCUCAUGGUAGGGAUCAUAAUCAUUCCUCACAUUUUCUUUUUCUUCUCACUGUAUGUAGAGCGACCAAAUAUAUUCAAGUUGUUGAUUUGAUGGAUUUCCUUUAAUUUGCUUUAUUUUUCUUUUCCCA